AUGCAGGGAGUCGGAACCCCAGUAUCGGCGGAUGGUCAGGGUGGGAAAGCAGGCCGGGAGGCGUCGUCAUCAUGCAACCGCAGCUCUACAUUGGUUGGUGACUUGGCUAAUGUAGGGUACAAUACUACAAGAAGAAGUCACAAUUCAUCUCACGACUUUGAUAGCAAUCGUGAUGUGUUUUGUUACAUUUGCUGUAAAUACGAAGUUAAUUCAUUACGAAAACAAAUAGAUGAUAAUAUCAAAGUCACAUACAAGGAAAUUUCCGGAUUGCAUAUUGGUGAACAUUCAUGGGUUCCCAAUAUAAUUUUUAAUUCUUGUAGAAACAAACACAAAAUCGUUUAUAAAACCGUUACAUCAGUAAAGGCGCUAAUUUUAACCAACAAAGACAAAAAAGAAACUCAUCUCGAGCAUAAGAGCGUAAUUGGACAUGCCGAAAGCGAUAAUACGGACAGCGCAUUCGACACUAAAGCUCCAAUGCUGGUUUUACAGCCUGAAUUGAACGACCUCGUACAAAAUUUGUAUUUGCAAAGGACAGUGCGGAGUUUUAGCUUCAUUUAUGAAGCAGAGAUAAUUCCUAAAACCACAUACCAAGGUUUCCUUGUAUAG